AUGAAGUUCUCGCUCCUGACCCUUGGCGCCCUCGCCUUCUCUGCACAUCAGGCAGCCAUCGUGCAAGGUGAUGAGGAAACCACCGGUCAGCCGAAGCCAAAUAACGUUUGCAGUGCGAAUAGCUCACUCACCUUCAAUCUUACGCGAGCCGGUGAGUCUGUCGUUUUCACCUGCGGUGAAACCGUCACGACUCUGGAUCCGGAGUUCAAUGCCACCUUCCCGGAAAUGUACGAGGGAAACAGUAAAGUUAGAAUUCUCGAAUUCCUCCCUGACGCCAAACUCGAAGAAGUCAAAAACUCCGUGGACUCAUCGCGCGCUAGUGUCUCGGGGAAUACGUACAACUUCACAGUCCCCGUCUUGCCCUCUGACGAGCAUCAUCUCCAUGUCAACUGCACGGCCGCUGGGGAGAAAUCAAAAAGCACCGUCACGGACUGCCAGGUGUUCUUCCACAUAGCGUCCUCUGCUAUCCGCCCCGUCAUGGCGGCGAGCGCCAUUGUCAGUCUUGUUGCAUCUCUUUUGCAAUUUGCCUGACCACAUGACUCACAUUCACUAAAACAUGCUUGCUUAUUUACGUGAGCUUCUGUGGAUGGAGGCUUCUUUCCGUGUUUUGCGGGUAUGCAGCUGAAGGUUCAAUGGUGGGCAACCAGUUGCCACAUCGUCCAGUGUCU